GGCUGCUGCUGGGAGCAGGAUCUUUCACCAUGGAGGAGAACAGCACAACAAACUUCACCACGAAUGAUACACUCUAUGGAUCUCUGGAUUGGGAGGAAUUAAUCAAGGAACAAUGCUCCAGCAUUCCCUACAGCCUGAUUGCCUUUGCAGGAGUGUGCCUGGGGAUUUCACUCUGUGGGCUGGCGGGGAAUGGGGUGGUCAUGUGGUUUCUGUGCUUCCACACAAAGCAGAGCCCCUUCACUGUCUACAUCCUAAACCUGGCUGUUGCUGACUUCUCCCUGCUCCUCCUGUUUCUCCUGCUUAUGCUGGCUUUUCUGACCUUGGUAGCAUUUUGCACAUCUUUGUUGCCUUUUAUUCAUCACUAUCAGCAUUUGGUGUUUUUCACUGGGUUCCUGUGCCACCUGUUUGACCUGAGCGGCCUGGGGCUGCUGGCAGCCCUCAGCGUGGAGCGCUGCGUCUCCGUCCUCUGCCCCAUCUGGUACCGCUGCCGCCGCCCCCGGCAACUCUCGGGCAUUGUCAGCGCGGCCCUCUGGGCCCUCGCAGGGCUUUUGGUGUCCUCCCUCUACCUCACUUUUACUGAGGACUCUGAGACCAUCCUUGAGAGUGUAGUCCUUCCUGUGAUUUCCCUGAUUUUGUCCUUCGUGAUGGUGGUUUCCAGCCUGUUCCAGUUCCUCAAGCUGCGCUGUGGCUCCCGGAGGCGGCAGCCGGGGAAGCUCUUUGUGGCCAUCCUGCUCAACGUGCUGCUGUUCUUUGCCUUCAGCAUCCCUUUCUGCGUGGAGGUUUUCCUCAAUCUCCCUUAUUCCGGUGAUUUAUUCCCAGAAGACGCCUCUCUGCUGCUGGCACUGCUGAACUGCACCCUGAACCCGGUGGUUUACGUGCUGGUGGGGAGCUGCCGGCGGCGGCACUUGCAGCGCUCCGUCAGAGUGGCUCUGCGGAGGGUGUUUGAGGAGAAAGCUGGCAGUGAGGAGGGGAGCCACGGCCCUGGGGACACUGUGGUGGAGGUGACAGCUCUGUGAGGCACUUGUGGACACGUGGCACCCGGAGAUGUGGCACCUCAGAGACAGACAGGAGUAUGGAAGACAAGGGUACUCCAAGCAGUGUACCCAGGCUCACUCUGGUUCCCCGGCUCUAUUCCCCAUGGAAUAACCCUCAUUGCCCCAUCUACAGGGAAUAAACUCUGCUGAUGAGGCAAAGAUUGCAAAAAUGGGCAGAGCAAGGGGUGCUGGGUUGGUGAUGGUGGGAUUUGGGGUGUAGGGGGUAAGAGAUGGGUGAAAAUUACAAUCUGGGGAAAAGAGAGAGAAAAAAAAAAGAGAGAAAGAGAAAGAAAGGGAAAAAUGGAGAAACGGGGGGAGAGAGAGAGAAAAUUAAAAGAAAGAAUGAAGAAAAAAAAUAAAGACAAAUACAAUAUUUAUUCACCUUGUUCUGUUUCCUGUAUUUU